AUGCCACCGUUGCGGAGCUGUUUUCUGUUUAUCCUUAUGCUGAUUAGCCCAAUCUGUCAAGCUGCAUGGGUGAAAAAAUCCCGAUGCGGUUCAUCUCACCCAAGUGCCCCGUCGGACAGUCCUUUCUGGAUUGAUAGCCUCCAUGGAACAUUCGACACCUUUGAUGCCUCGAUUGUCUUGUCAUUAUCCCUAUUAGGUGUCCACAAUCAAUCACGAUUCUCCUGCAAUGACCUCAACUUGACGGGUUUUGAGACCGACUUGCGGUUCCACGUGCUCGGGCUUCCAGUAGGUCAGGUAGACGCUUUUCGGAGUCAAUGCCCUCUACCAAUCACUGAGACGCUCACGCCUCCCGAAGGGCUACUUUUCUCACAAUACGAGCUUAUAUACUCCCUCAGCCCUGCUCAUCAGCUCCAGACCCUCGCCGCAGAGUUUAGUAUGAAAACUCAUAAUGGCGUCGAGCUUGACUGUGCAGGGGCAAACAUUACCCCAGAAAUUGGAACAACAGCCUCUGCAGCUCUUACAUAUACCCCUGCAGGCGUGAUGGUCCUUGUCGGCAUCGCUUCGUGGCAUCGACACUUCCACAAGCUCGGAAGAAACUCGCCGUUUGAGUACAGUACCGCCAGGAUUAGCCAUGACCCUGUCCGGGAGAUAAUUUUCGAUCUAACUGAUUAUUUACGCUACAUUCAGUUCAUAUUCUUGGCUGGGUCGCUUUCCAUUGAAUACCCGGGGUUCUAUCAACCGAUAGUAGGCCACCUGGCUUGGUCUUCGCUUCUUUACUGGACAGGCCCGAUUAAUCAUGGCUUCAGUUAUGCUGGAGUGGAGGAUGGCAUGUACGUUAGCAAUGCAUCUUACGGCCUAGAGCACAUGGCUCAGAUGGUCGGGUUUCCUCAAGUGCCGGAUAUCAUGCUCGACGCAUUCAUCAACCUCUUUAUACUAGUUUCCGCUCUUAUUCUGACUUUGCUGACCUUGUGCUUGAUAACGUCCAAUCAGCUGCCCCCACUGAGUGCGAUGAUUCGCCAAGCAGGUUGGAUCAUUCUCAGUAUGACUCUGCCAUUCUUCAGCUUCCCUCUAUUGUCCUAUAUGUCGUAUGAAAUGAUCCUUAUCGGGUAUCUUCCUAACUACCACCUCACUCUAGUCGGGGUGGCGAUGGCUGUUCUCGUCUGUUCAAAUUAUCUCAACGUUCGCCAAUAUGAGAAAGAAAAGGAACAAAGCGCUACGUCAUCAAUAGGACUCUCCCUCCAGGACGACCAGUCGACCGGUUCGAGAGAGUUACUGCGCUGUUUCACUUUUCUACCACAGGCUAUUCAGCUUCUACAAGGUAUCAUGAUCGGAGGAUUACAGAACUGGGGUUUAGUCCAGCUACUCGUGCUCGGAGCUUGUGAAGUUAUAGUUCUUCUCCAUAUGAUCCUACAGCCGCACUCCAGGUUCCUUUUCUCAAAAUCUAUUUGGUGUGCUGCUGUCCGCCUCCUGACUCUCUCACUGAGCAUUGCGUUCGCACGCCGGUCGAGUGAGACAGAGAAACAAUGGAUUGGCUACAUAAUUUUGUGCCUUCAUGCUGUUAUAAUCUUCUUUGGUUUCCUUGUCGAUUCAGCAUGGCAGCUCUUCCGAGCUGCUUGGAAGAGAAUCGACGGAAAGCAAACCUCGUCAAUGGAUCGAGCAGACCAUGCUCAUGCGUUACCGCGUGUAACACUUACCGAGCUUUCUCCCGACGCCCGUGACCAUAACACGGUAUAUAAAUUGGAACACAAUUGUGAUAAGAAUGGCAGGCUCUCUAGCUUCCGUUAUCCGGGACCAUCCGGGACAUUCUAUAGAGGCUUCGACGACGAAGACCACCACGACAACAACAACAUAAUGAUUCCCUUAUCCUCCGCGCCAGCAGAUAGAAAACGAAACAUAACCGGUUACUCCGCUUUUUAUAGACCUCCGCGGCCUGGGAUCAGAAAUCAUGUUGUCGAGCCUGACGCCUCAAGUCAAGAGUCAGACUCCAUAAACUCGGCCAGGGGAUUAAGCGAAGAGAUAUACUAUCAUCCGGAUUCGGCACGGCGUCGCCGAGACACUCUGGAUGAGCUCUUGGAGGUGCCCGCCAGAGAUGAUGUGGACUACUCCGUAAGAGAGUCAGAUUUCUACUAUGGGAGACCCGCCGGCGAUUCGGCACCGCCUCCGACAUCAAUUCCGCUGGAAGAUCCUGGAAAAGAACAGACAGGCCGGGGUACUUUGUAUGAAUGGACUUACAGAACUGUAGCAAGGUUGAAAGGUUCCAAGCCAAAGGAGAAAGGUUUUCAGGUGGUGAGGCCACCACGGCCUACAUGA